GGACCCAACCUCACCAUCCAGGAGCGAGCCCAGGUCUGCCGCGCCCGCAUCAAGCAGCUGGAGGAGGCGCUGGGCGUGGAGGUCGGGAAGCUUGACACGUGCCAGAGUUGGGUCCGCAUUCGGACAGAAGGUGUCAAGAAACUCGAGCUGGCGCUUGCAGAAGCAGACGGAGAGUGCGCUCUCAUUGUCUCCGAGCUUGCAGAUAAGAUUGGCAAGGGUGCUGAAGGUGGCAAGCAGCUACAAGUGUCAAAGGCCCCCCUCGCCGACGUCGCGCUGGAGGAGCGCAAGGACCAGUUGCGGCUACAGAUGCAGACAGCUACCAAGGACAUGCUCCGCGACGCCAUGGUCGAGGUUGAGAAGGUCAAGGUGCUAGCAGCGCUGGCGCUGAGGGCGCCCCUGAACGCCAGCCUGCAGGUGAAGCCGGGGAAAGCACCUGGGCAGCCGCGGCAGCCAAGGGCGGCGCGCCAGCAGCCAGCAGCGAGGGCCAAGGGCAGCGCCGACAGCGAGGACAUCC